AUGGGCGCGUUCAUCGCCAAGAUGCUCCUGCCGACCGUGAGCAGCCUGGUGUUUCUGCCGGCCGCCAGCGUGGCCGCCAAGAGGGGCUUCCACAUGGAGGCCAUGGUCUACUUCUUCACCAUGUUCUUCACCGCGAUCUACCACGCGUGUGACGGGCCGGGGCUGUCCAUCCUGUGUUUCAUGAAGUACGACAUCCUGGAAUACUUCAGCGUGUACGGGACCGCUCUCUCCAUGUGGGUCACACUCAUCGCGCUGGGAGAUUUUGACGAGCCCCAACGGUCCAGCAUCACCAUGUUUGGAGUGCUGACCAUCGCAGUGAGGAUCUACCAGGACCGCUGGGGAUACGGGAUCUUCUCCGGACCGAUCGGGUCAGCUGUCUUCAUCAUCAGCGUCAAAUGGCUGCAGAAGAUGAAAGACAUCAGGGCGGUGUAUCCGGAGAAGAGCGUUUACACCCAGCAGGUCGGUCCUGGAUGCUGCUUCGGGGCUCUGGCUCUGAUGCUGCGCUUUUACUUUGAGGAGUGGGACUACACCUAUGUGCACAGCUUCUACCACCUGUCUCUGGCUGUGUCCUUCAUCCUGCUCCUUCCCAAGAGGAACCGCUACGCCGGGGACGACCACAACGCUGCCAAGCUCAGCUGUCUGGCCCUCUGCUGCUGUACCAUGUCCCCUGGUACUACGAAGGAGAAGACAAAGAAGGAGAGGCAGAAGAAGAAGAAGACGGUGUGGACGGUGCCCAUGGAGAAACUGUGCAGCACCCCCACCCUGCCGCUGUACCACACGGCCCCGCCAUCGCCCGUCAAAGGAAUCAGCAUCAGCAAGCUGAAGGAGAUGAACGGCUGGAAGUGA